AUGGCUGCAGCUGCACCUUCCUCAUACCCAUCACCACCCUCUUCUCGAACAUCUUCCCCAUCUCCAACUGCAGAACAAGCCGGACCAAGCGAUGGUCAAAUAGGCCCCGGUCGGACUGGAAGCCCCUCAGAUAAAGACACAAGUCUAUCUAAUCUACUAGACUCCCUUCUGGAAUCCUAUCUUGACCUGCUGGACACCUACACCACCCUCCGCGCCCAACUCUCCACCGACUUCUCGUCCGGCUUCCUCUCCCUAGCUCAGGCCAAUCGGACAUCUACCCUCGGUCCUGGUCGACGGUAUGGCGAAGAGGGCUAUGAUGAACGUAUGAAGGCAUCCAAGCUACUCCAGAUCAAGUCCAAAAGUUCUGGGGAACACGAUCCGCGGCGAAUGGGGCGGAAGGCGACAGCCAUAAAACCUGUCAACCAUCCUGCGGAACAACGCCGUGACCAUGAGAAGCAUAAGCAUACGGAUAUCGUCGACGCUAUGCAGGAUGAUCAUGACCGGAACGAGAAGGAUGGCAAGGACCGACUCCCCAAUGGCCCAUCCGAUCAAACCGAUCCUGUAUCAUCUCUCAGACAGCUCCCGUCUCAUCACCCCCCCUCUCAUCCCUUGACCUACACCAUUACUUCUGUACCACCUCCAACCAAUGAGGACUCCGACAAAGAUGCAUCCUUGCCCAAACCCAAGUCUUCGGAUCCUCUGAGGUGGUAUGGUAUUCUGAUCCCACCACAUCUCCGCCAAUGUCAGGUUUGCUUCAAUACGAGCACUACUUCGACCAUUCCCGAUCUCAUAUCUACUAUGUCAUCCAUGGCUGCUUUGGAGAACGACAUUCGUCUACUUCGACAAGAGAUGGGCUUCUUAAAUGAGCAGACUUACGUAGAUAUCCAAGAGCAGCCUACUACUUAA